CCCACCCUACAAGAACAAAAGCCUGAUGUUACAACUGAAUAUGCUGGUGAGUGUGCAAAACUCAUCCAGGCAUUUGAUGAGAGGUUUCAUGAUGUGAAAAAUAUACAAAAGGAACUCGACAUGUUUGAGACGCCAUUUAAUGUGCAACCAUCUGAUGUGCCAGACAACCUCCAAAUGGAAAUAAUUGAGCUGCAAAACAACAAUGAGCUCAAAGCCAAGUACAACAACCUCUCUCUGCUGGACUUUUACAAACUGUAUGUCCGUGCUGAAGAUUUUCCCAUCCUGAGGAGACACUCCCUGAAGUUUGCAUCUCUGUUUGGGACAACGUACCGCUGUGAACAGUUCUUUUCAAAACUGACUCUUGUAAAGACUCGCCUCCGCUCAAGACUGACUGACUCAAACUUGGAAAACCAGCUUCGAGUAGCAUCAUCUCAUCACUGCCAGCUGACAUCAGACGCCUCGCUAAAGAAAAAGAGUUCCAGCCAUCGCAUUAGGAUGAAGAGGAUGAAACUGUGUCUGCUGCCUUUACAGAGGGGGAUCCAGAAAGGCAUACAGAGAGCAUGGCUGGACAGCAGCAGGAUGGUUCCUCAGCUUCCACUGCACAGACUGACACAGUGAGAUGGAUGUUCAGGAAACACCAGAGGUUCAUUCUGUGGAAUUCAUGUGCAACUGUAUAAUUUAAUGUCCUCUAUGUAUUCCCAGUUAUCAGUAAAACAGAUUUACAAACUGCAUUUGCUGAGAAAAAUCCAAAAACAGAUUAGGAGGGCAGAUCUGGAAAUUGAAAUCCUGGAGCACAAGUUAGAGGUGGUGAUGGUCACAGGUGAAUUAUGUUAACUAUUGGAACAUGAACUGAACUAUCUGUUUUAUUUGUAGGAAAUAAAGAAGAGCAAAUGAAA